UGAGAUUCGCACGUGCACAUCACACCGGCUUCUGUCGUCGUCCAUCUAUUUAGGGAUUAAUGAGCACGAACGGAGCCCGGAAAGCCAUCUCGCCUGUUCCUCUCACCGAUCGUCGCCUUCCCGCCGCACCAGACGAUCAUGUCGUCCAAACAAGGUGGGAAGUUGAAGCCCCUGAAGCAGCCAAAGGCUGACAAGAAGGAGUACGACGAGAUGGACAAAGCAAAUAUUCAGAAGAAGAAAGAUGAGGAAAAGGCGCUAAAGGAAUUAAGGGCUAAGGCAUCUCAGAAGGGAUCAUUUGGAGGCACUGGUCUUAAGAAGAGCGGAAAAAAAUAACGUCUCCUGUUGCACAUGUUCAAAAAAAAAAGGAACUACCUCUCUGAAUGUAGUAAGCAAAUUCUGAGUGUGCUUUGUCUUAUCAGGUUGAUGAAAGCUGUCUUUAAGUGAAUGCUUUGAACGCUAUAAUGUACUAAACAAGUAUUUCAUGGAUGUGCUUCGAUUUAUCGGGUUGAUAAAAGUCGUUUUGGAGUUUCAAUGCUUUGAACACUUAAUGCGUGUUUAGUGACCUGGUGCUCUUGUGAACAGGUUGAAGUAUAAUUUUAUGAUCGACUGUGUUAUAGAGAGGAUAUACUUUUGCUGGGUUCAGAAACAAUGAAAAUAGAUAUUCACCUUAUUAAUCUCUUUUCUUCUCGUUUUCUCUGAUAAUUUUGUUCGCAUUCAUCUGCCGGAAUACCGUGUUGUGUUAUGGGCAUUCUGAGCACUACUUCCAGUGACAGAAAUCAGAGCGUGCUAUGUUUUCCACCUUAUUAAUCCAUUUUACUCCUCUGCAGGUUCUGCAUCAUCAGGUACGAUUUAAUUCUACGCUGAAGUCAUUUCCUUAGUUAUCAUCAUCUCUUCCAAUAUUCUCCAUUACCCCCUACAAGUAUGCAUUAGAACUUAUGCUUGCUACGCCUCUGGGUUUUCAGAUGAGUUCCAGUGAGAAGGUGAAGGAAUUGUUUUGGCGUUCCAACUCGAUGGAGGAAGCAGAUAAUUCCGGGGUGCAAACAAAGGUACUCAGUUAGAUCAUAAGCGAACCUUCAUGCAUUCAAUAUACUUACAUCUUCGUCUCAAUUUCUUGUGUUCGUGGUCUCCUCCCCAUCCACUUGCAUUUACUAAUGGUGGAUAACCGCAACGCAGUUGCGUCUUUAUCCACCGACCUGUAGACAGACGGCUCAAAUGACUUUAAAGAUUGGAUAACCGCAUGGCAACCAAUCCACGGUAGGCACAGAUGGGCUAUUUUGGCUGAAUCCAUUGAAAUGUAUCUGACGUCAAAUAAAUAUAUCAUUACAACGACAACAAAGCAGCGAGGGGGAAGGGUUCAGAUUAGGAUGAUGAGCGAUGAUGGCACCCGAGACUUACCACUGGCAGUUACGCGAUUGAGUGGGACAGACGACUCAUUAAAUAUAUUAAUGCCAUCCACCCGUCCACGCCCUUCCAACACACAGAGAGAAAGAAAAAAGAAAGGGGGGAGCAAAGAGAUGCAGCAGCAGAGAUAAGAGUCAUCAUUUGCUCAGUACUUUACGCCUUUUGCAGAAGCCAAACAUUAAAGAAAGAGAAUAGCCAGCUGACCCACAUAAACACACACAUACACACCCCUCCCCCUAUAAAUGCCCUCCAAAUUAGUAUGUUUGGAAUGCGGGCUUAAACCUUGUGCAGUGUUGGUGUGGUGUCACGGCAUGUACUCGCUCCCACUCCAGUAAUGAGCAGAGCUCCGCUUGGUUUUGCCUGAGAGGAAGGGAGAGAAAGCAACCGGGGCAACCUCUUCCUGCUCAUCUCGCCCUCUCGCUCCUUCCGCUGGUUCAGAAUCUUCUGGCGCGUGAUGGAUGCCCACAGCAGAAGCCUCUGCAGCGGCAGCAGCGGCCACGCUUAUUACCAGGGGAAUCAGGAUCAGAUCUCCUUCUUGCUGGGGCACCUUUCGCCCACUUGUUCUUCCUACCCUUCUUCGGACUUCCCACUGGCCGGUGCGGAGGAUGGCUUUGGGGCUGUUGGGUCCUCCCUGCUACAUUCCAGGAUGAAGUCUCCGGAUCAAGAUUUGGACUCUCUUGACUGUGAGAUCGAGGUGUCCGAGGAGCCCCCAAAGCUGGCUCCGGCUCGGACUUCCAGCUCCAAGAGAAACAGGGCUGCAGAAGUGCACAACUUGUCCGAGAAGAGGAGGAGAAGUAGAAUCAAUGAGAAAAUGAAGGCUUUGCAGAGUCUGAUUCCCAAUUCCAGCAAGACAGACAAGGCUUCGAUGCUUGAUGAGGCCAUCGAAUAUCUCAAGCAAUUACAGCUCCAAGUACAGAUGCUUUCGAUGAGGAACAGCCUAAGUCAACAUCCAAUGUUCUUGUCUGGAGGUUUGCAGCCUUUGCAAGCUUUGCCAAUGGGUAUUGAUUUUGGUCUGGGUGCCAACAGAGCAGUGAACGCUGUAGGCAUGCUGCCCCUAAACCAAGUAUCAUCUGUUCCGAACACGUUUGAUCUGUCACCGUCGUCCAAUCAAUCUGCUUCCAUACCAAGUGUUAUCAAUAUUACUAAGCCAGAGACUCCAGUUGCAAUGGAGCCAUCGCAGUCCCACCAUGGAUCUUUUCUAUUGCCUGUGUCCAUCGAGGAUAUUCUAACACGAGAAAUGAUAACACAACAGCAGCCAGAUACUAGACAUUCUCCAAGGAACCUUACAGGUGAAUCAUCAAAGACUCCACCUCGCUUUUUCAACAUAGAAAAUGAGGUGAAUUCCAUGGCUGCCGAUGCUGCCCAACAUCCCGGAGGGCAAGCAUCAUCCUCAGUGGGUGCAGACCAUGUUGCGGAAUGCAUGUUAGGUAGAGUCAGGUUGCAAGAUGCGCCACUAAAGGAGCCACCAGAAAAGGAGGAAUUCAUCCAGCAUUUGCGUCGGUAAUUUCAAAAUUCUCACUUUCAUGCCUGGAAAUUUUUGGUGGUGAUUCCUUCAUUCGCUGUGACCUCAACCAGCUUAUAAGCACAGGGAAAAAAUUUCCCCCAGUGCUCAUUGCAAAGAUGCAGUCUCUCAAAGAUUUUGAGGUGCACCAGUUUGGCUGUUGAAUGCUUUGCAAACCCUUAUUAUUUGCACUUGGAAGUUGUAAUGAGGCCUUGACUCGUCCAACCCUUUUGCAAAUGUUUGAUAGAAGUAACCUGGA